UGUCACGUUCUCCAACUGACGUGUCGCACUGUUUUUUUCAUUAAGGAAAAACACAGGUCUGUUUUUUUUCCUGCUUCUUAUUCUCUAACCGCCAGGUCUUACCGACGGACUGGACCAUGUCAGAGCCCAGCAGGCAAGAGAUCUCAGCUAUCUUUAAGAGGCUCCGCUCCAUCCCUACCAACAAGGUUUGCUUUGACUGCUCAGCAAAGAAUCCGAGUUGGGCCAGCAUCACCUAUGGUGUAUUCCUCUGCAUAGAUUGCUCUGGGACUCACAGGUCUCUUGGGGUGCACCUGUCCUUCAUCAGGUCCACAGAGCUGGAUUUCAACUGGUCCUGGUUCCAGCUGAGAUGUAUGCAAGUGGGAGGCAAUUCCAAUGCGAUUUCAUUUUUCAGUCAACAUGGCUGCACGUCCAACGCAGCGAACACUAAGUACAACAGCCGGGCUGCUCAGCUGUACAGAGACAAGAUCAAAACUUCAGGAACACAGGCCACCAGGCGCCAUGGCACAGAGCUGUGGCUCGACAGUCAGGCUCCCCUCUCCCCAACAUCACCAGGCGACAAGCAGGUGGAUUUCUUCAGUCUGCAUUCACAGGAUUUGCCUGACAAUUUGAGCAUGGCCAAAAUGAGUCUCAGCCCGUCUGUACCAGAGAGACCCUCUACCCCAGAUAAGGAGGAAGACAGAAAUGGUAAUUCAGAGGAGGGUCCCAGUGUGGAGAUGCUAAGUGUUUCUCCUAAAGCAAAUCCAGAUCUCCCCUCUCUCCUGAAGAAAAAGCCGGCUGCUGCCAGGAAAACAUUGGCCUCGAAGAAGGGCGGUCUGGGUGCUCAGAAGGUCAGCAGCAAAAGUUUCUCUGAGCUGGAGAAGAAAGCUCAAGCUGCGGACAAGCUCAGAGAGAAAGAGGAGGGUGCUCCUACCACCAAGAGGAACUCUCAACCUGAGGAAUCCAUCGCUCCAUCCCUGCGACUGGCCUAUAAGGAUCUCGAGCAGCAGAGAAAAAUGGAUGAGAGGAAGUUGAAGGGACUAGAGGGGAACAAGAAGGAACAAGCUGAGAGGCUGGGCAUGGGGCUCGGCAGCAGGGGCGGAGUGUCUCACUCUGUGAUGUCAGACAUGCACAUCAUCCAGCAGGAGACUCCUGUGGCAGCCAAAAGCAGCAAAGGACGACGGGUCGUUGAUGACGAUGAUGACGAAGGAUCCUUCAGUUCCCGGGUAAUGUCUCGUUUUGAGGAUCAACCAGAGUUUUCCGACAACUUCUCCUCACGGUGGGAUGAUAAAGGCGAGGGAGGAGGCUGGAUGAAGCAGAGCAAGAAACCAGAGCCGGAUUUUUUCUUGACCUCCACCAUGUCAUCGCUGGAUGAGAGGCCCACAUCCAGAAGAAAACCAGAGCCGGUCCCAGACUCUGGAGAGGCUCAGAAAAAGUACGGAGCUGAUGUCAAAUCCAUCUCCUCAGACAUGUACUUUGGAAAACAAGAUAACUCUGAGUACGAGGCCAAAACACGACUGGAAAGAUUGUCUGGGAAUGCUGCUAUAAGCUCAGCUGACCUGUUUGAUGAACAGAAGAAACAGACUGCUAGUUCAUACCGUCUGACCAACGUGCUGCCCAACGCUCCUGACAUGUCGCAGCUCAAACUAGGAGUGCGCUCGGUCGCAGGAAAACUCUCCGUCAUGGCCAGUGGCGUAGUUAACUCAAUUCAGGAUCACUACAGUACCUGAGUCAUGGUGGGCGUGGUCUGUGGUUCAGCACCCUCAUAACCGUCCUCUGUUUUCCAGAGUUUGAGAAGUUUCCCAUGAGUGGUGGUCACUCAUAUUAUAUUCUCAGAGCACCUCUAGAAGGUUCUUUGAUGAAGGCUAGUUGCACUAUGUGUCAUAUUCUGUUCCUUUUCUUGAUCCAGUAGUUUGGAAUUGGACACUUUAAGAGACUGUAAUGAUUAAUGCGGUCAAUACUGUAACCUGCCGAAUCCUUUAAUUGAAUGGGGUGCCUUGAUGAUAUUUUGCUGUUAUUUGUAGUUGCUUUUUGUUGGUAUUUAUGUUUACAUGUCAGAGGUGAGUUAAGAUUAGAAAAACAGAAAUCCUGAUGUGGUGUUGGACCUCUUCGCAGCAUUCAGGCGUCACUUUGAAACCAAAUGUUAAGAAUCACUUUAGAGCCUUUGGAGUUUGAUUUGUUGUUGUUGCUGUAACAUACUGCCAAGUCUUUGGUCAUGGCAAAGUUGGUAAAUUGGUAAAUUUGGCACAUGUAGCACUUGAAAUGGUGCUUCAGUUUGAGAAUGGAAUUGACAAUUUAGAGCCGUAGGUUAAUCAGGAAUGACUACGGCUUUUACUACUUUAGGAUAAAGUUUGCCACGACUCUAAAACUGCUUCUUGAGAAGUGUAAUCGUGCUCUGUGCACUCUUAAAACUCCUCAGGAGACAAAGCUGUAAAACAUAAAACACUAACAGAGUGUAGAGUGAGAGUUGUUGAUCCUUCAAUGACCAAAUAUGUGUUUGUUCCAUCACUCAAUGCCUUAGUCCAAAGAAGUCUGAUUCAUUUGCCCUUGUUAUGCUAUACUGUGGAGUCAUCUUGUUACAUUUUUGCACAUAAUUUGAUUUUAAAAAAUGCACGUGGCAGCUUUUGCUUGAAUGUACUUAAAUGCAAUUAAACCUUUUGCCUCCAAGAAAAAAAAAAUGCAUCCAUGUUUAACUUUUUGAUUUUGUUAAUCUUUGUAAAAGUUUUUUUUUGUUUUUUUUUGUUUAAUAUUGUCAAAUGUUAGUUAAAAGAAAGCAGCUCAUGUAAUUGGCAUGGCCUUUGUAGUUUGUUUGUAAUUUAUCAUGAAAAGAAAAUGUUAAAGGAGUAACGGCAUUAUUCAAGAAAAACUGUGUAUUAGGCUGAAAACUUCCACAAAAAAUGCUAUACAGGACUUUGGAAAAAGUUUUGACAUAUUUUGACAUUUAAUAUGUUAGUUAGACUUUUGGAAACAUGACGAAUAAAUGGCUUAUGCUUA